CACUGGUACCACUCAUACACGUGCAGUUAAAACUCUAUAACCUCUGUGCCAUUUGGCACAUUUUGCGUCCUUUCAUCACUGGUUAUUUUCUGACCACAGUACACUGCUGGUUGAAUAUUUUAUGAGAGAGGGAUUACUUUCAAGCUAGUAACUCUGCUUUGCUGACAAAUUUGUACCAGCUCGUCAUGCAUAACCAUACAGCUGUUAUGUAAGCGGUAAUCCUGUAUUUGAUCACAACCAACAUAAUAUCCGUUCAGUGUGCCUAUGUCAACAAACUAACCAGUGAUGAUGCUGACUGACAGAUUAUUCAUGCCAGUUUGCCCCAGCUAUAGGCUAUAUGCCACUUUAUUCAUAGUAAAAUGCCCAGUGAGGUAAAGUGUAGGUACAACCCCGCCUCCUUACUAAAAAGCACGUGAUCUCCCAAAUCAAAACAAAAACUGUGGACAGGCAGUUGAUUGUGAGACGCUGACUGUGAGACGUUGAUUUAGCGAUGACUGAAGAACAAAAGCGUUAUGAUCCUAAAGACUCGACUCUCAAAUUCGUGUCACGUAAGGAUGACAUUACCCUCGAUGAUGAUCCCAACAUCCUGAGAGCAGAGAUGCCUUGUGGCCAUGCUGUCACACCACAGUCCCUCACAGCCUGGUGCCGCAGUCUGCUGGACCAGGGCCAGUACAAGUUCUUGUGUCCAGCCCUUAAAGAUGGAACAACCCAGAAGUGUGGAGCCGUAUGGCCUUAUGUGGAGGUGCGGAGAAUGGCUUUGCUGACUCAAGAGGAGCAGAGCCACUUUGAGGAGACCAUGGCUGUCUUGGCUGCAGCUGAAUACUGCGAAUAUAACUCGUGCCCUGGUUGCAAGUCAUUUGUUGAGAGGCAGGACUUGACCAACCUGUGUGUACUCUGCACGAUCUGUACAGCAGAGUCUGAUAAAAGAUUUGAGUUCUGCUGGCAGUGUUUCAAGGAAUGGAAAGGACCAGGGCCUCGCUCAGACCGGUGUGAUAACAGUGGCUGUAUUAACCCACACAUUGAGAAGCUGUUAAAGUGUAGGGAUAUAAUUCUCCAUGAAGCUGACAAUAUAAGAUGUCCCUCCAUGCGAGCUUGCCCUACCUGUGGCAACCUGUUAGAGCAUGAUACAACAGGGUGCAAGAAUAUCAUAUGUAACCGUUGUCAGGUUGAAUUUUGCUUUUCUUGCCUAAAACUCACUUCUGCUUGCCUUCGAACCAGCAGUCACUUUAUACCCUGCAGAGAUGGUGUGGCUCCUCGGCAGACAAGCAUUCCAUGCUGGAGGAAGUAGAGUACUGGAAUACAUGUUUUUCUGGUAUAUUGACAUAGCAUGGCAGUUUCACGCACUCCCAAAAUACUGCAAGCACCAUGUGCAGGUUUAACCUAGUUGUGGUUUAAUGUAAAGUACAGUUAUAAUGAAAAUUACAGAAGUAGUAGAGGACUAUUUUAGGUUUUUAUCAAUGAAAUGUUAUGGUCCCUGUCUAUUAAUUUGGUGAUUCUAAAUGCUUUAUCUGUUCUCUUUAUUUGUUUUUAAGUGAUCACACGUAAAUUGCAAUAUUUUUUAAUAUGUACAACUAGCAAUAAAGCAGAACUAAAGUAUAAUGAAAAUUCCA